UGGCAGGGGUGGAGGCGAGGGCAGCUGGAGGUGCUUGUUCUGAGCUCGGAGGGGACGGGACCCCCUAGCCCGCCCCGGGAUGGGCGGCAGCGAGAGCAGCGCGGGCGGCAGGAAGGUCUCGUUCGAGCUGGACGAGCAGGAGCGCGUGCGGGUGCUGCAGGGCGUGCGGCUCACUGAAGAUGUAGUAAAUCGAAUGAAAGAGUCUUCUCAACCAACAAGGGACCAGAGACCAUCUUCCUUUCCUCCUCCCUCUUCCCGUGGCACUACAUCUCCGCAAGCUGCAGAAGAGAAGGCCAAGUCUCCUACAGGAGUCCAGCCACCAACGGUGAAAAGCUCUGGUCAGAAGCCUUCAGAGGCAGAGGAGGACCUGUACAGGAGAUAUGAGCGAGAGCAGGCACUGGUCCAAGACGAGCUCCUUCGGCUGGCUAAGAGGGAACGGGAGGCAGCUAGUGAGGCCCUGAGUACUGCCCUUCAGCGGGAAAGGAGCAGCACCAAUGAAGAGAGGCAGAGGGCUGCCCAGCUGCCUGCGGAUUUGGACGCCUGGGCCCAGGAGCUGCAGAGCAAAGAGGUGGAGCUGAAGCGUCAAGAGACCUUCUAUAAGGAGCAGUUGGCCCGCAUCGAGAGGAAGAAUGCUGAACUGUACAAGCUGACGUCGGAGCAGUACCAUGAGGCGGCCACCAAUGCUGAGCAUCGGAUAAAGCGAAGGAGCACUGAACCUGUCUGUGCCGGGCUGCAGUCGGAAAUCUUGAAGUGCUACCAAGCAAACAAACAUGAAGUACUCAAGUGCUCGGAGCUGGCCAAAGAGUACCAGCGCUGCGUCAGUGCCGCUCGGAAGGAACUUCUAGUGAAUUACGGAUAAAUUCUGGCAGCUGCGAAAGAGCAGAGCACAGGGACCACAGAAGCCCUCAGAAGCCCAGUGUCCUUCUUGGAUAUACACAGACCAAACUUGGUGCCUUCUGUCUAUAGCAGUCAGGAAAAUGACAUGAUUCCUCUUCUAAAUGCCUGCAUGUAAUGGUCUCAAUGGAUGUGUUUGAAGGUGGGGGAGGGAGGGCUUGGGGAGAGCAGCAUUGAUCUGGGAAAUGUGCUUCAUCUUUUUAAAUUCCAUCAUUGCGAACAGGAUGCCCAUGAACACAAGUGGGCACAGUCUGGUUUGUCACAUAGAAGCCAUCUAACACAAGGCCCAUCGCCCUUGUACUAGCUUUGGUUUUGCUCACCCAGUCUUUCACGAGCUGUUGCCUUUGUCCUUGUGCUCCAGAGAAAGGAAUCUGAAAUAUUCAGGGAAGUAACCCUGACCUGCUUGUUAGGAUUAACUGUUCCUAGUGUGCUUCUGUUUGUAACACCAGCAGGCACAUUCCUUCCCUUGCAAGGCUCCCUCCAAAGAACAAUAAAGUGUUUAAUGGUC